AUGAAGGCCACGCUGGUGCUCGUGCUCGCGCUGGCCGGCACGGUGGCGGCCGAGGUGUUUUUCGAGGAGAAGUUUGAUGCUGGCUGGGACAAGCGGUGGCAGAAGAGCCCCUGGAAGACAAAGGAGAACGCCGCCGGCGAGUGGAAGUGGACGGCCGGCAAGUGGUGGGGCGGCAAGGAGGACGCCGCCAAGGGCAUCCAGACGUCCGGCGACAGCAAGUUCCACGCGAUCUCUGCCGAGCUCAAGAAGUCGUUCACCAAUGACAAGAAGGACCUCUUCCAAGUGAAGCACGAGCAGGACCUGGACUGCGGCGGCGGCUACAUCAAGCUCAUCCCCGGCUCCAGCAAGGACAAGAUCAAGGAGUUUGGUGGCGAGACCCCCUACUCGAUCAUGUUUGGCCCCGACAUCUGCGGCUUCAGCACCCGCAAGGUCCACGUCAUCCUGCCCUACAAGGGCAAGAACUUCCUCAUCAAGAAGGACAUCACCGCCAAGACCGACCAGCUGAGCCACGUCUACACCCUGCGCCUCUCCCCCAACAACACCUACCAGGACCCCAAGGCGUCCAAGCCCAGCGACUGGGAUGAGCGCCCCAAGAUCGCCGACCCCGAGGACAAGAAGCCCGAGGGCUACGACGACAUCCCCGCCACCCUGCCCGACCCCGAUGCCAAGAAGCCCGAGGACUGGGACGACGAGGACGACGGCGAGUGGGAGGCGCCCACCAUCCCCAACCCCGAGUACAAGGGGGAGUGGAAGCCCAAGCAGUGA